GAAGCUCCUGUAGGCAUCCAAAAUAACACAGAGAUUUUACCGAUGAAUAAGAUGGAAGAUCGUGGUUGACCUUUAUCGCGGCAUGACGGUCGCCCCUCGGGUCGCCUCCGGUCCUCCCGCGCAGCCAGCCUCGCCUCCCUCCGGCAGUCUCGCUCAGACUCACAAGUGUCACGCCUGUCUUUCUUGCAGUCGCAGCUGUUAACCAGGUGAUCAAUUGACAUGUCAAUGGAAGUGGAGAAAUCCUAUGAUGCGAUGACUCCGAUAAUGGGAUCAGAAUCACAGUGGGAGACAUGAUGGACGGAGAAUGAAUGAGUGAGAACUGAGAAGUCAACGAGAAAGGAGAGGAGUGCUAACAUUUACAUGCCGCAACAGAACUUGUUCAUUCAAUUAGAAAAGAGUUCUUCCAUCGGGGUUGAAUUUGACUGAGCUUCUUCUUGUUUAUAACUCAGUCCCUUGUCAGGUUACUUCAUGCGACUCUCCCACUAGUUUUCAUGAAUCGUAGGACGCAUUUCAUUUGAGAGUACACAGAUUCAUUGCAGUCACGAAAUUCAGCAGCAUGCCCCCGGCCAGAUUUUUUAUUGUUGGACCGAUGGAGGGAGUGCCCUUUAGCACGAAAUGAACAAAAGGUUGUAUCUUGAAUGCAAUCAAUCUGCAACCUUGCCUCGCGGCCACAACUAAAAAGCCCAAACUUCUUUGCAACCCAUGUCACUCUUGUCCAUUGCUCGCGUGAUUUCGGCCUCAGUCACCUCCAAAGUUCACACAUUUUCAACCUUGCACUCCUCUGCAACCUCUCCUGCUGAGAGAUUUUACUCUUGUGUCCAGCAAAAUGGGGGUAACAUUGAGAAAGCCCUUGCCACUGCCCGAGCUAAUCUCGACUCUUCGUGUGUCAAUGAAGUGUUAUCCAGGUGCUCCACUGAUCAAUCUCUUUCGGGUCUCAGGUUCUUCGUAUGGUCUGGUCUUCAGCCGAGUUACAGGCACAGCUCUUAUAUGUAUGCUAAAGCUUGUGAGAUCUUUGAAAUUAGACAAAACCCACGAGUCAUUUGGGAUGUUAUCGAGUCUUACAGUGUUGAGGAGUGUCCAGUCAGUGUCAAGGGCGUUAAGGUAGUUUUGAAUUUGUGCAAGGAAGCUAAGCUUGCUGAUGAAGCCUUAUGGGUGCUCAGAAAGAUGCCCGAAUUCAGUGUCAGGGCUGAUACAACAGCUUACAAUAUUGUUAUUAGGUUGUUCUGUCAUAAGGAGGAUAUGGAUACUGCGGAGAAAUUGAUGAGAGAGAUGAGCGAGGUCGGCCUGUACCCUGAUAUGAUCACCUUUGUGGGGAUGCUUAAAGGGUUUUGCAAUGUGGGUAGGUUGGAAAAUGCUUACCAGUUGAUCAAGCUAAUGAGAGGACAUGGCUGUGUGCCGAAUGUGGUGGUUUACUCAACUCUCCUUGAUGGUGUGUGUAGGAAUGGGAAUAUGGAUUGGACAAUGGAAUUGUUGACAGAGAUGGAGAAAGACGGCGGUGAUUGUAGUCCAAAUGUGGUUACUUAUACUUCAGUUAUUCAGAGCUUUUCUAACCGAGGUUUGACAACGGAGGCACUGGGAAUAUUGGAUAGAAUGAUAGCUUGUGGUUGCGCCCCUAAUAGAGUCACAGUUGCUGCUCUACUUGAGGGCCUUUGCAAGAAAGGCCAAUUGGAGGAGGCUUAUAAGUUAAUUGAUAAAAUUGUCUCAGAAGGUUCUGUUCCAAAUGGGGAUUGUUAUAGUUCUAUGGUGGUGUCUUUGAUGAGACAUAAAUUUUUCUGUGAGGCGGUAAUGCUUUUUAAAAGAUUGCUGGAUUGUGGGUUGAAACCUGAUGGUUUGGCUUCUAGCCUUAUCAUAAAGGAGCUUUGUACUGAGGGGAGGGUGUUGGAAGGAUUUCAAUUUUUUGAUGAGAUUGAGAAAAUGGGGUUCUUGCUUUCAAUUGAUUCUGAUGUGUAUUCUGUUCUUGUGCACCAGCUUUGUCUGCGUAACCAUAUGGUUGAGGCUGCCAAGGUUAUGAGGAUGAUGCUUGAUAAAGGUGUAAGCCUCCGAGCUUUAUAUGCUGAUGACAUAGUCAAACAUCUGAAGAAAUGUGGUGACAACGAUCUUGUAUCUCUCGUGAGUGAGAGAUCGAGGUGAUCUUGCAGAACAGGAAGUCCAGCGCAUUAAAUGCUAAAUUAGAUUGCUUGUCAUUAAGGUGCACAAGGACUGGGUGACUAGCUGCCUAAUCGUGCAUAGAAUGGAGUGAAAAGUCCAGAAGAUGUUGGCAAGCAAUGGGAUAUUGCUUUCAUACGAUUCUGCUUCCAGACAGUUCAAUCUCCUAUUGAUGAUAGUUCUGCCUGUUACUUAUCAGCCUUUUAUCCGAGUAUUCCGGAGCAAUCGUUCUUGAACCUUUUAGAGUACAAGUAUUGGCCAAUUGCAACUUUUCUUGACUCUGA